AUGACGGACGUUUUGUAUGCGUCCGUAAAACAGGACGAUCUUGAGGACGGAAUCGCUAGUCGUAUCUUUUCUCCUGGUCCAGACUAUGACGAACGUCGUGUCCUAAUCAAGAAAUUUGUAUGUCUGUCAUUCGUCAUUACGCCGUAUUUGGUCCUAUUUGCUCUAUUUAUUGGUGUAGGAAGUCCCAAGAGCUCCACUAACAGCACUUUCAUCCAUCAUAAUAAUGUCUCCCUAGUGACGAAUCAGACACAGAUGGAUCAGAUCUGUGCAAACCAACGCCUACAAAAGCUCGAGCUUCAACGCAAUGUCUACUACGAUUCAUCACUCCUUUCUCGCUCACAACGAUACGCUGCAGUACAACAAAAGGGUGCAACUUUAUGGUUUACGGGUCUAUCCGGUAGUGGCAAAAGUACAGUGGGACGUGCACUGGAGAAACAAUUAUUACAACGUCGUAUACAUACGUAUCGACUUGAUGGUGAUAAUGUUCGCAUUGGAUUAAAUCGUGAUCUGGGGUUCUCGGAGACGGAUCGAGCAGAAAGUGUGCGACGUGUGGGAGAAAUGUCGGCACUUUUUAGUGAAGCAGGUGUGAUUACACUUGUUGCUUUGGUUUCGCCUUUUCGUGCUCGUCGUGAUGACGUGCGAGAGCUUCACAAGAAAAUGAAUAUUCCAUUCUAUGAGGUAUUUGUUGAUGUGUCCGUGUCCGUGGCUGCUGAUCGUGACGUUAAGGGACUGUAUAAACGUGCCAUGAAGGGAGAAAUUAAGGACUUUACAGGAAUCUCGUCACCUUAUGAGGAACCACUGAAUCCAGAGAUUCAUCUUAAUACUUCAAGUCAAUCACUUGAGGACGAGAUUAAGAUGAUUUUGGACAAGUUAGAAGCAGAGGGAUUGCUUACUGGAGUAACAGAUCUACCCCUUGGAUACCCUGGUGUCGCGGUAGCUGAUGGAGGCAACGCUGUUGCUACAUUUCCAGUGUUAUUCCCAGAUCAGCCACAUUCCUCAUAUCCGGACAAUUAUGACACGUUGCCUCGUGUGCUCCUGCGUGAUGAGGAUGUACAUUGGCUACAAGUCAUUGGCGAGGGUUGGGCUGCGCCUCUGCGUGGCUUUAUGCGCGAAGGUGUCUACUUGCAGUCUCUCCACUUCAGCAGCGUGCUAUAUGACACGGACAACCUUACUGAUGGCCAGUUGGCUCUCCAUAAAUCCACUAACUUCUCAGAAUACUCAAAUGAAUUCGUGUCAAAGGGUCAGCGCGUAAACAUGCCAGUGCCCAUUGUACUCCCGAUCAACGAUGCUGCGAAGAAGAUUAUUGGCGAAUUUAAGCAAGUGGUACUCGUGAGCCCGUCGGGUGAAGAGCUUGCGUUGCUGACUGACCCUGAAGUCUACGAUCAUCGCAAAAAAGAGCGCAUCACACGCACGUUCGGUGCCAUGGACAACGGUCAUCCGUACGUUGCUGAGAUUUUGAAGUCGGGUGAGUACUUGCUAGGUGGCGAGAUUGAGCUGCUAUCCCGCAUUAAGUAUAACGACGAUCUGGAUCAAUAUCGCCUGACUCCGACGGAAUUGCGUAAGCGCUUUGAAGAAAUGGGUGCCGAUGUUGUGCUUGCUUUCCAAACGAGAAACCCAACUCACGCUGGCCAUGCAUACCUGAUGAAUAACGCACGUGAGCAGCUUAUUGCGCAGGGCUACAAGAACCCUGUGCUGUGGCUGUCUCCUCUUGGUGGCUGGACGAAAGAGGACGACGUGCCUCUUGAUGUGCGUGUACGUCAGCAUGAAGCGAUUCUGCGCGACGGCAUGCUGAACAAGAAGAGUACUGUACUUGCCAUCUGGCCUUCUCCGAUGAUUUAUGCUGGCCCUCGCGAGGUGCAAUGGCAUGCAAAAAGCCGUAAGAACGCCGGAGCGAGCUUUUUCGUCGUCGGACGGGACCCUGCUGGUAUCAAGCGCUCCGAUGGCGAUAAGGGCGACAUUUAUGCCGGCGACCAUGGUCGCUUCGUUCUUCACAUGGCUCCUGGAAUGGAAGAUUUUAACAUUCUGUCGUUCUCGAAGGUGUACUACGAUGUCCAGGACCACAAAAUGAAGCCGAUGGACAGCAGUCGUAAGCAGGAUUUUCUAUCGAUCUCGGGCUCGCGUAUGCGGAAUAUGGCGCGCGAAGGUUUGCAAAAGUGCGAAGGUGAUAAAAUUCCUGCUGGCUGGGAAGACAAACCGACAUGCGUUCCACAGGGAUUCAUGGUCAAGUCUGGUUGGGACAUCAUGAUUGAUUACUACCAAAAUAUCGACAGCUCGCGCUGGAUCCCAUUUGCCACGCAGUUCUCGAAACCUGUCGUGGAUUCUACGCGUUUUUUCUCGUCAGAGGGUACAUUCGGUCGCACUGACUACAAGCUCUACUUCAAGAACGACAAGGGCGAGAAAAUCUCUCCGUGGCACGACAUUCCGCUCUACUUGACAGACUCGAAGGACAAUAGCUCGUACAAUUUCAUUGUCGAGAUUCCCAAGGGUAUUGCACACAAAAUGGAGGUGAACAAGGAGGCCCGGUACAACCCGAUCAUGCAAGACACGACCCACAACGGCACUCGUGGUCGCGACUACUUGUACGGUGUGCCAUUCUUCAACUACGGUCUGUUCCCGCAGACUUGGGAAGACCCAAGCGUGAAGGACGAAAAAGGUAACGACGGUGACAAUGAUCCGUUGGACGUUAUCGAGAUCGGUGCGAAGCAAUUGCCAAUGGGCUCAGUGAAUCCAGUCAAGAUCCUGGGUAGUCUGGAGCUCGUUGAUCAGGGCGAGGUCGACCACAAGAUUCUAGUGAUUUCCCUCUCUGAUAAGGAUGUUGACAAGAUUAAUAACGUAAGCGACUUACAGAGUGUGAAACCUGGUGUACUGGAUGCGCUAGUGGACUGGCUUAAGAAGUACAAGAUCCCAGAGGGCAAGUCCGAGAACUUGUUUUCCCAGGAAAAACCGACGUCUGCAGAGGCCGCCAUUCAGAUCGUGGCAGACACGCACGAGCGAUGGCAGAAGCUCAAGACAGGAGAGAUUAGUGUCAAGGACAAGUUCUGGCUUAAUUAG